GAGGAGGGGUACGCGUGGAGAAGGAUCAGGUGCUGGGAGAUGGCCGGGGGCCCUGGUGGCUGGGGCUUGUGGGUGGCCUGGGCCGGGGGACUGGAACUGGCCGGGUAUUGCAAUUCUUGACGUACGUGCGGUGGCUAUCGAUCGUCUGCUUUCCAUCCCUCCACUCCAAAAUGGGCCCCCAGUCGCACUCCCAACGCCUGCCCCAUAUAGCCUGCCACUCCUCCGACUGCCCCCCACCCACUGCCUCCGUCCCCGAUCCAUCCAUCGUCUUGCAUCCAUAUAACAUCCCCGUGGGGCCCCGCCAUCCGCACGCUGAUCUUCUUCGCCCGCCAUGAGUGUCUCCGACGCGUCCCCAUCCAGCAGCCCCUCCCUCAGCCCGACCCGUUCUCGCAGGCUCUCUGCCCGUAGAGGCUCCGUCGCCGCCUCCGACCCCUGGGGCGCCCACAGUGGCAUCAACAACAACCCUGCCCGAGCGACCUCCAGCCGCCUCACCAUCGUUCGCGUCCCCAAGGAGGACGAGGACAAUGCCAACCAGCGCAGGCACCGCCGCGUCGGCAGCAACGCGUCCGUCAGCUCCACCUCCUCCAGCGGCAAGGGCGAGACCGGCCGCAUGAGCUUCGCCUUCUCGUCCUUCACCCCCGCCAACAAGGAUCCGCCCUCCAAGGGCGGCGACGGCAGCCCGACCUCGUCCCCCCGCAUGCGCCCCCACUCGCCCAGCUCGCUCAACCGCCGCUACUCCGGCUCCAUGGCCCACGCGAACAAGCUCUCCCCGGAGCAGCUGGUCGAUGUCGCGCGCUCCUCGUGCAACCCGCGUACAGCGGUCCCCGCUCCGAAUGGGAGCCCGGUGCCAGCCCCGGUUCCUUCCCCCGUCUCGUUCACGCCCCUCCCGGAUUCGGUCUACCUCCCCUUCGUCGACCGGCCCGCUGAGGUCGCGCAGCUGAUUACGACGCCCCCAUCCGCCAAGCUCUUUGCCCUUCUUGCGCAGACGUACCCCGCUGACGCGCGCAAGCCCACUGGCGCCGAGUCUGUGGAGACUAUGAUGCAGAAGGACCCCAAACAGUGGACAUACGCCGAGCUCGAGUUCUGGCUGAAGAACGUCGACCGGGACACUGCGAACGAUGUGCAGUGGGCCGUGUUGGCGCGCGCGUGCAUCAUGGGCAAGAGCGAGCUCAUCUGGGAGCGCAUCAAGGGCGCGCUCGGCGUCCCGCACGAGCUCGACAUCGAUGAGGCAGAGCUGCUGACGAUCGUCGAGCCCGAGGCGGACGCCGCUGCCGCCCUCGACAGCGAGGGCGAGGCGUACCCAGCGGUCUUUGAGUCGCCCAACCCCGCCUUCGCGGUGGACCCCGCCUCGCCGAACCUCGACUCGGAGGGCGACGAGAUGAUCCUGAUAGAGCACGUGGUCGCGCAGAACCACGACCGCCCGCCGACGUCGUCCGCGCUCGACCCGCACGCGACGCACGAGCUCACAGACGUGCGCGAGGAGGACGAGGACGAGGAGAACCGCGAGGGCGCCGCGGAGAAGGACUCGCUCAGCCCCGAGGUGCACGGGCUGCGAAUCGUGACGAGCCCCGCAUCGCCCGGGACGGCGAUCUACGCGGCGAGCCCCGCGGGCUCGCCCUCGCCGAUGCCGCUGGGCAGCCCUGCUUUCAGCCCGAUGGCGGUGCCGCGCUCGCACUCGGAGUCGUUCGGCCACGACAAGGACGCGCCGUACGACGCGCUUGCGGAACGCGGCCCUGGGCACCCGCUCUUCCCCAGCAGCUUCGCGCAGCUGUCGAUGCGCCCGACGUUGGGCAGCAAUAGGCCGAAUCGUGCGCAGAGCCUGUGGAACCCACCCGCGCCUGCCUUUGGCAACCCGCACUCGAUCCGCACGAGCGUCCAGGGUGGCCCGAAGUCCCUCGGCACAGGGUACCGGCCACUCAUGAGGGAUUGGGCGCAUGCAUAUGAUCCCUCCAAGCACGAAUUCGCCUUGGCGUCGAGCACUGGGAGCGUCAGCGUGCUCGGCGACUGAGCGUCCUGCUACUGCUAGACUGAUAGAGCAGUGCGAGUGUGCAGAUCUUUGGUAUUUCUCUGUGGUUUUCUCUGUGCUUUUUGCGUGUUGUUUGUCUGUCAUCCCGUGUAGUGGUGUGGUCCAUGCGAGAGAAACGAAAGUACGAUACGAUAUGAUACACGAUACUUAUGAUACACCAAAUUGUCGCAUACACGGACCCCCCCAGCUCCAGGACUACUUACAUAUAUAUUGUACGAUCCCAGAGAAAUGAUGGCAUUAUAUGGGAACAUAGGAGCGCGUGCUCCAAGUGAAGAUGGAUUAAGUACAGUCACCUCAGUGUUGCCUCAGACAGAGCCUCAGAUUUCUG